AAAACAUCUGUGGGGAGGAGGAUAAAAAGCUCAAUCCCCUUGGCGUUGAGCCCAUUAUCAGUUCUCACCUCGUCCGCCUCACUUCACUUCCGUUCCCUCUCGCUCAGUCGGUGCCCAGCCAGCAGCAGUAGUAGGAUAGAAAUCCAAGUGAGAAAGCAAAGUUCAGCAAAAGCCAUACGCCAAAAGGGAAGAGAGAAAGAAAGAAAGCUGAUACUUUUGCUUGCGAUUCCCUUACAGAAGAGACCUUGCCCCAACAGAAAGCAGCAGAAGAAGAAGAAGAAGAAGAAGAAGACGGACCUAAUUUCCAUUUCUAUUCAUUCUCUCAGAUUCGCGCUCUCCCCCGUAGCAGCAGCAACCAGCAAGUUUUUUUUUUUUUUUUUUUUUGCAUGUAGUAGAUUUGCACUCUUUUGGAAUUGGAGCCCUAACUUCCAUCUCCAACCCUUUCUCGCAACUUCCGUGCUCCUUUUGAUGGCCGGUAACCCUUCCCACACUCCCACCGAUGAUUUCCUCCAGGAAAUCCUCGGCCUCCAGAGCUUCUCCUCCGCCGUCCCUUCUCUCGUCGGCGCCGAUGCUCUCUCUGCCUCCGCCCAUGCUCCCAUGUUUCUCCAGCUCAGUUCCGGCGACCCCUCCGCCACCGGGAUUAACGCCCUAACCGGCUCCUCCCCCGGCUUCCAGGGUUUCCCCUUGGGGCUCAGCUUGGACCAAGGGAAGGGAGGGUUUCCCAAGCACGAGGAUGCCUCCGGCAGCGGCGGAGGCCGCUUCCGAGACGACGUCCUCGACGGCAGAGUUGCCAUGGCAAAAAAUGUUUUUCAUGGACAACCGGUGCCCACAACUGUGCCUGCAGCAGCCCCACAUCCUCCGACAAUGCGGCCAAGGGUGAGGGCCAGAAGAGGGCAGGCUACAGAUCCACACAGCAUUGCCGAGCGUUUGCGCCGAGAAAAAAUAGCAGAGAGGAUAAGGGCAUUACAGGAGUUGGUGCCUAGUGUUAACAAGACAGAUAGAGCGACAAUGCUUGAUGAAAUUGUGGAUUAUGUGAAGUUUCUGAGACUUCAAGUUAAGGUUCUGAGCAUGAGUAGGCUAGGUGGAGCCGGCGCAGUUGCGCCACUUGUAUCGGAGAUUCCACUAUCUUCAGUGGAGGAUGAAAAUGGUGAUGGUGGGAGAAGUCAACCCGCAUGGGAGAAGUGGUCCGACGAUGGCACAGAGAGACAAGUAGCCAAACUCAUGGAGGAAAACGUUGGUGCCGCCAUGCAAUUCCUUCAGUCAAAGGCGCUCUGCAUCAUGCCCAUCUCUCUGGCAUCGGCCAUCUGCCACACGCAGCCAUCGGAUCCCCCAGCCGUUGUUAAACCAGAAACAAACCCACCAUCGUAGCGGAAAAACAUAAUCAGUGAAGAAAGGGGCUGAUCCCUAAUCCGAAUUACAACUGGUAAGUUCGUCAAUGGGCGCUCCCACAUAUUGGUGCCCCGUUUCAAAAAGGUCUUUCUUUCUUUCUUUUGAUUCUUGCUGAUCCUUAUUGUUGCAAUAUAUAUGCUUUAAGGGUCCCAGGCGGCGUUUUGUCCCAUUCGAAAGACUACGAAUUAAAUGUUGUUGGGUUGGGGGCUAUGUCUAAAAUUCCAAAUUGCAAUCAAAGUCAGAUGCCAUGCUUCCUCUUUACAGAUUUUGUUUCUCUUCUUUCACUCCUGGUGACUAUUUUUCUGAAAACAGGGUUGGAUGUCAAAUGCCUAAACAAUUACAGGCUCUUCUUCUUUUUGGUACCACCACCGGUGGGGAUUGGUGGACGAUGAUGGAAGCACCUUUCUUGCUUUCUUUUUUCUUCCCUCCUUUUUUCUCUUACUAGUUAAUGGAGGGCUUGCUUUGCUUUGCUUUUCUUUUUCUUCGCGGUGAUGGUUAGUGGAUUGUGGGACCUUGUAAAGGAGUGAUGGAUGGGUAUAUAAUAUAUGGAGGGACUUGUUGAAUCUCUACCGGUCGGCCGGAUUAAGUCUGACCAAAAUUGGGCUUCAAAACAGUCUCCAGAAUGUUACUGGUCUGACCGUUAGAAAGAGUGAGGGGGGAGUGGAGAGCAGGGGAUGGUUGGUCAUGGUUGUUGGGUUUCAUUGAAAGUGACUUUCUAAUAGAUAGAUACUUGUAAUGAAAAUUUUAUCGAAGUUAUUAAAUUUUCAAAUUACUAUUUUAUUUGGG